AUGGCUGGGCCCAAGAGAAGUAUGCAAAAUUUGGCAUAUUCCUCCGCGUCUCAUGAAAGAAAGAUUGAAUGCCUCUGACCCUCGGUGGAAACGAGUAUGUCUUGAGUGUUUAGACACCACAAGGUAUGUGAAGAAACAAGUGAAGAAGAAAAAAAACCUGGAUGAACCCACAACGUUAAAGAGGCAAACACCAAGUAGUCACUUCCCAUGGAGAUACCUUUCUCCUGCCAGCAAAACUAAACGUGCAAGGAACAUUCUUCAACAACGAUCAAGGCUGAGCAAACACGUUCAGCGAUUUUACAAACAAGCAAAGAUUGAGUUGCCGGGUGAACAAUUAAGGAAUUAUGUAAUCUCAUCGAAGCAACUGAAGGUUCUGAGAUAG